GUACUUAGCAAUCUCUCAAAAGAUGGCACAAAGCUGUCCUUUCCUGGAUAUUUGUGAGUCUGACUUCAGGCCUCUGGUAGUAAUUGAGCUUGCCAAAAGUGCCAAAGCGGAAACUAUAGAAUGGUUCACUAAAAGAAUUGUGGACAAAAAAGCAAAGGGAGGUGCACAACUGCUGGUUAAACCAUUGCUCACAGAAAAAGAAGGUGAAAAUAUAUAUCUAGUUGGAGCUUCCCACUUAAGGCUGUUGCUGGGAGCUGAAACUGUGGGUUUGGUGAAGGAAUGUAAUGAUAACUCAAUGAGAACUUUUACAUAUAGCAGCAGAAAAACUUUCAAAGAUUUUGCAGAUGACAAUCACGAAUUUCUUACAAUGGCAGAAUGUCAGUAUAUCAUCAAACAUGAACUCGAAAAUUUGAGAGCUAAAGAUGAAAAAAUGAUCCCUGGAUAUCCUCAGGCAAAGCUGUAUCCAGGAAAAUCAAUUGUGAGAAGAUUAUUGACCAGUGGUAUUCUAGUUCAGAUUUUCCCACUGCAGGAUAGAGAAGAGUUGAAAAAGCUCUGUCACAGCUGGUAUGGUCGAGUGAAAGUUGGCUAUCAACCAUUAGAUGAGAUACGCUGCUACUUCGGUGAAACCAUUGCACUCUACUUUGCCUUCUUAGAGUAUUUCACAUUUGCUUUGAUCCCAAUGGCUGUUAUUGGGAUUCCUUAUUAUGUGUUUGCAUGGGAAGACUAUGACAAAUACGUGAUGUUUGCCACAUUCAACCUUCUCUGGUCCACUGUGAUACUGGAAGUUUGGAAGCGGAUUUGUGCCACCAUAACAUACCGUUGGGGGACGCUGCUGAUGAAACGCCAAUUUGAAGAACCAAGACCAGGCUUCCAUGGCAUCCUGGGUAUUAAUCCCAUCACUGGGAGGGAGGAACCAGUGUACUCAAGUAUUAAGAGACAGCUACGGAUUUAUCUGGUGUCCUUACCAUUUGUGUGCCUUUGCCUCUACUUCUCACUGUAUGUGAUGAUGAUGUACUUUGAUUUGGAAGAAUGGGCUCUGGAUUAUCAUGAGGAGAAUGACUCUAACUUCAGCAGCUUGAUGCUGUUUGUGCCCAGUAUCAUAUAUGCUGUUGUGAUUGAAAUUAUGAACCGUAUCUAUCGGUAUGCUGCUGAAUUCUUAACAUCAUGGGAAAAUCACAGGCUGGAAUCUUCAUAUCAAAAUCAUUUAAUUCUGAAAGUUUUAGUGUUCAACUUCUUAAAUUGUUUUGCAUCUCUCUUCUACAUUGCCUUUGUGCUGUUUGAUAUGCACCUUUUGAGGCAGAGCUUGGCCACUUUGCUGAUAACUUCGCAGAUCCUCAAUCAGUUGUCAGAGUCCUUGCUUCCUUACUGGCUCCGAAAGAGGUAUAACAAGAGGAUGAAGGAACGCCUGUGUUCUCCGAAAAUUGAUAAAGACCUGUCAUUAGUUGAACAAGUCAACUUGGAGAAAGAAAUGGGCACCUAUUGUGGAACUUUUGAUGACUAUCUGGAGUUGUUCUUACAGUUUGGCUAUGUGAGUCUUUUUUCAUGUGUUUAUCCACUGGCAGCUGUCUUUGCAGUGUUAAACAACAUCACCGAAAUAUAUUCUGAUGCCUUAAAGAUGUGUAAUGUUUACAAGCGUCCAUUUGCAGAACCCACAGCAAAUAUUGGUGUUUGGCAGCUGGCUUUUGAAACUAUGAGUGUAAUAUCCGUUGUUACUAAUUGCGUACUGAUUGGAAUGUCUCCACAAGUGAAUGCCCUUUUCCCAGACUCAAAAAUGGAACAUAUUCUGACUGUGGCAUUGGUAGAGCACUUGCUAUUGGCAAUAAAGUUUACCAUUACAUUUGUAAUUCCGGAUAAACCACGAGAUAUCCAGACAAAACUAGCCAAAUUGGAAUUUGAAUCUCUAGAGGCUCUCAAACAACAGCAAAUGAAGCUUGUGGCUGAGUCACUGAAGGAGUAAACAUGAAGGAAUGAGGAUGACUAAAGCAGUCACAUGUGGAUGCCAGCACCACUUCGGCGUUUGUUUAUGAGGAUGUGUCGCUCUCAGAGCAUGCACUCACCAUCUAAUGAGUAGGUGGCACCUGCCUAUGGGACAGUUUGUAAAUAUUCUUUGCCUGACACUGUGAAAAAAAAGGUAUUUUCUCCUGCUCCCUUUCUUAUAUGCAACCAUUAGUGAAAUUAACACCAAAUAAAGGACUCCAGCUUACACUGCAUCUGGUUGAGAUCUGCCAGGCUCACUGUGCUUCAAGUGAUUGAAACCAGAUCCUGUGAGUAAUCAUCCAGAAGCUCUCUAGAGUUUUCAACUGCAACUUUGUAAAAAGAAAAAAAUCCAAGAAGGUUGACUAGUAUUUAAUUCAGUGUAUUGUCCUUUUGGGUUUACUGCCCCUUUUGUUCAUUUAUUACAAUAGCUUAUCAGUCCUGUAUUAUUUCAGACUUAUUAGCUGCUGUUUGCACUUGCAAAUUAAUUUAAAUAUUUUUUACAUCACAUAAUGAAAUACAUGUUGGUUCCUUGUAUGAUAUAAGAAGUAGUGGAACAUAACUAUUAUAAAGUAUGCAUUAUACACCCCUGUGUGUUAGCUAUCUAAAUAAAGCUCAGCAAAAACCUUUUCAGAAGCUGGGUAGAACAUAUUCAGUGGGAAGCAGAUUGCUGUUCAGUAAUUUAUGAAUUGUAUUUAUUUUUUAAUUUACACUAGGUUUUGGUAUCAUUUCCCUGAAUUUUGAACUGCAGUAUUGUAUGAAUGCAUCUGCUGGUUAAAUGAACUUAUAGUAACAGACCAGUUAAACUUGGCCCUUGAUAUACCAGUACUUGUGUAUGUAGUGCAUAUCUGACUUUGUUCCUUGGUUUUCACAAAGUAGUUUUCCUAAUGUUUCAUAGUUUUCUGACAGCAGCAGGACCAAAAUCUACAGUGUUUGCUCCUGUGACCUUGAGACAGUUUAUUUUCCCAUGCUGUGACCUUCAUCUUUGGUAGAUGUGGCUUACUUCUGUGCAAUAGUAGAGUUCUGUUUGGAAAAAUCUGCUGUUACAAUAAUAAAGAUAUUUGCCAACUUUGUACAUUUCAGAUUCCUGCCACGGCAGUGAUCUAACUAAGCCAGAAUAAUGUAUUCUGGCUGGUGUUUAAAAUUAGUGUUUCUCAGACUCUUCAAGCAUGACCCAGUAAGGAAUGACUCCAUUCCUUUGGGAAGAGGAGUAAAUCCAUGCCACAGCUCUGUUCUUGCCCCACACUGUGCGUCCCCACACUGCUGCUAUUUCAAGGGGUACCUCAGGACUGCUGCUCUUUCACAGCCUGUUCCUCGAGCCAUGGCAGGGAUCUCUAGGAGAGCACAUCUCCCUUCCUGCAGCACUGUAGAGAUCCCAGACCUGAAGCUGUUCUGAGGAGAGGAGCAGCAUGUUCUCCAUGAAAGCUCCUCAGCGUUGCAGUUUCUUGCCCACUUCAUCUGAAGUAGCUUCACAUUUGCUCAAGUUUUGUUCGUGCUGCUUAGUCUGUGUUUGAGUGAACACUUCAGGAGAGGAGAAAUCUGUGGGAAGGGUUCCUGGUGGAAUAUGUUCUUGUGAGCUUGUUAGAGCCAUUCUGAAGGGAUUCUGCUGGUCUGCUAAUUUGUGCUGGUUUGUGAGUGUAAAGCUGGUGUGCUUUGCUGAUGGCAGCUGUACCUGAAAUGAUUUUCUGAGAUGGGUUAGAAAAGGAAAAAGGGUAGAUAUUUGCAAAUUGACUUUGUGGUUGUCCUUGAGGUCCUUCCAUUCUCCUAUUUUCUGUAGACUAACAGGAAAAUCUAUAGUAAGGUUUAAGUACCUGGUGACAUAAUGAACCUUAGCUGUUGCCCUUGCCUGGGGCAAAUCCCUUCACUUCCAUUUGGUUUCCUUGUCUAUGAAUGGGGAUAAUACUGUUGUUUAUGUGGAUUCUCCUCCUAAAUCUAGUGGGUAUGGAGGAAUAUGUCCUUCCACAGCUUGAGUCAGCAAUAUGGGAAUUCUUUGUUUUAUUGUUAGUUUGCACUGGAUACGGGGAGAAUUCUUGGUUUAGAGCAAAAACAGAUGCUACUGUCAGAGGGGUGUUUCUGUCCUGGAGAGUGUACACUUUUGAGCUUGCUGAGGAAUAUUACUUGUAUAUUGCUGUAUAACAUUUUGUCACUGAACUGAAAUUUAUCUUCCUCUGUACACUACUCUGUCCUUUCACUGGGCUGCGUGUAUGUGUUUCUGUGUUUUAUACUUUUUAGUAUUGGUUUGAUCCUGGCUUUUGGUUUUUACAUUCAUGGUAUCAUCUAUUUUCAUUUCUCAUUUGAGAGAAAAAUUGUUUCUGGCUGUGCUUCUGUCUCUACAUGUUUUUCUUUCUGCUGCUUUCUUUCACUCUGUAAAAACUGUGGGAUUCCAGGGAUGAAACUUCCAGACAAAAAUCUGUUUUCAGAUGAAAAUAUUAGGAAGAAUAAAUAAGAGAUUUACCAUAA